AUGAGCGCCCCGCACCCGGUCCACUCGACCGCUCAGCCGAGCCAUCCUGAGAAUGCCGUGCCCGCCUCGGGCGCACCGACGGCUCAGCCUGGGCAGGAUGCGCCGAAAAAGGCUCCCAAGCAGAAGAAGGGCGAUAUUGUGGGCGGGAUGGCUGCGUUGGAGCUCAACCCGCCCCCAGAGUACCUCGCAAGUAGGGUCGAGCUGUUUGAUCAGCUCAAGAAGGAGUACGAGGAGAAGGUCGCGAGUAUGCCGCGGGAGUCGAUCACGAUCACCCUGCCGGACGGUUCGACGCGAGAGGGAAAGAGCUGGGAGACGACGCCCAUGUCGGUUGCGCUGAGCAUCAGCAAGGGUCUUGCGGACAAGACGGUCAUCGCCAAGGUCGACGGAAACCUCUGGGACCUCGAGCGUCCGUUCGAGAAGUCGGCUUCGCUUGAGCUCCUCGACUUUGAGCACCCUGAAGGCAAGAAGGUCUGGUGGCAUUCGUCGGCGCACAUUCUCGGCGAGUGCUGCGAGCGUCACUACGGCUGCCACUUGGCGAUGGGUCCUCCGACGGACGACGGUUUCUUCUACGAGAUGGGCAUGAACGGCGACCGCGUGGUGCAGCAGUCCGACUACGACAAGCUCGAGACGUUGGCGAAGGGCGUUGUCAAGGACAAGCAGAAGUUCGAGCGUCUCGUUGUUUCGAAGGAGAACCUCCUCAAGAUGUUCUCGUACAACCCUUUCAAGCUCCACUUCAUCAAGGAGAAGGUUCCUGACGGCGGCGAGACGACCGUCUACCGUUGCGGCCCCAUGAUCGACCUUUGCGUCGGCCCUCACAUCCCUCACACCGGCCGCGUCAAGUCCCUCGCUGUCCUCAAGAACUCGUCCUCGUACUUCCUCGGCGACAAGAACAACGAGUCGCUCCAGCGCAUCUACGGCAUCUCGUUCCCUGACACGAACCAGAUGAAGGAGUACAAGAAGUUUCUCGAGGAGGCGGCCAAGCGCGACCACCGCAAGAUUGGAAAGGACCAGGAGCUCUUUUUCUUCCACGAGAUGUCGCCCGGAUCCUGCUUCUGGCUCCCGCACGGCACGCGCAUCUACAACACCCUCGUCGAGUUCAUGCGGUCCGAGUACCGCAAGCGCAACUACCAGGAGGUCAUCACGCCGAACAUGUUCAACUCGAAACUGUGGGAGACGUCGGGCCACUGGCAGAACUACGCGGAGGACAUGUUCAAGCUCGACGUCGAGAAGGAGCAGUUCGCGCUCAAGCCGAUGAACUGCCCGUCGCACUGCCUCGUCUUCGGCUCGCGCGACCGUUCGUACCGCGAGUUGCCUAUCCGCAUGGCCGACUUUGGCGUCUUGCACCGCAAUGAGGCGUCGGGCGCGUUGACGGGUCUCACGCGCGUGCGGCGAUUCCAGCAGGACGACGCGCACCACUUCUGCAUGCCCGAGCAAAUCGAGGAGGAGAUGGACGUCUGCUUCCAGUUCCUCAACGAGGUGUACGGCACCUUUGGCUUCAAAUUCGAGCUCAAGCUGUCGACGAGGCCGGAGAAGUUCCUCGGCAAGAUCGAGACCUGGGACGAGGCCGAGCGCAUGCUCUCGUCAGCGCUCGACAAGUUUGUGCCGGGCCAGUGGGUGAUUGACGAGGGCGACGGCGCAUUCUACGGGCCCAAGAUCGACAUCACGAUCCAGGACGCUCUCCGCCGCAAGCACCAGUGCGCGACGAUCCAGCUCGACUUCCAGCUCCCGCAGCGCUUCGAGCUCUCGUACCGCUCGGCAGAAGGCGGCGAGGGCGGCGCAGGCGAGAAGCUCGUCCGGCCCGUCAUGAUCCACCGUGCCAUCCUCGGCUCCGUCGAGCGCUUCACCGCCAUCCUCACCGAGCACUUUGCUGGCAAGUGGCCAUUCUGGCUCUCGCCGCGCCAGGUCGUCGUCAUCCCCGUCGCCGGCCCGCACAAGGAGUACGCCAAGGAGGUUGCGCAGAAGCUGUGGGAUGCGGGCAUCUACGCCGACGCCGACCUGAGCGACUCGACGCUCCCGAAGAAGGUCCGUAACGGCGAGAUCGCGCAGUACAACUUCAUCUUUGUCGUUGGCUCGGAGGAGAUGGACCAGCGCUCGGUCAACGUCCGCAACCGCGACGACGCCGGCAACAAGAAGGCGCGCUCGGAGACGAUCAAGCUCGACGAGGUGAUGGACAAGCUCAUGCGGCUCAAGAACGAGAGGCGGCUAGACAACGAGCUCCGGUGA